CCCACGCCACUUCGUCUUAGAAAGCGGACCUGCCUACCAUGGCAGAGCCCCAGAUCCUCCGUUUGCUCUGCAUCCUGGUCCUUUGCAUGCCAGGCUCUGGCUUCAUCAGAGAACAAAGGGCCCAGGUUCGGUCUAAACGCUGUGAUGUCCACACCACGUUUACCACUCACACACCCUGCACUGCCUGCGCUGUUAUCAGGAGGCGGGCAUGUCCCUCAGGCAUGAGUCGGAAUUUUCUGGAGAAGAUACUCCAGGACUGUCGCUAUGAGGUGAAGCUCAGGGGCUCUGUGAUAUCCUUAAGUGGCUGCAGGCGGGAAUGCUGGAAGAACAUGUUACAGAUUGCCUGCUGCCCCGGCUACUGGGGAUCCGAGUGCUACGAGUGCCCUGGAGGUGCUGAGGCACCAUGUAAUGGCCACGGGACUUGCCUGGAUGGCAUAGCUGGAAAUGGGACCUGUGUGUGCCAGGAAAACUUCAGCGGCUCAGCCUGCCAGGAGUGCCGAGACCCCCAAAGAUUUGGGCCAGACUGCCAGUCAGUGUGCAGCUGUGUGCAUGGCCUGUGUGACCACGGACCACGAGGGAAUGGGAGCUGCACGUGUUUUGCUGGCUAUACCGGCCCCCACUGUGACCAAGAGCUCCCAGUCUGCCAGAGGCUGAGGUGCCCCCAGAAUUUCCAGUGCUCUGAAGAGACGCUCACCUGCACAUGCCUGCCUGGAUACACUCAGCAAGGCAAUGUCUGUGUGGCUCCUGACCCCUGUCAGCCGUCUCCUUGCUCCUCACUGGCCCGAUGUUCAAAGACUCCCAAGGGGCAGGCUCAGUGUCACUGCCCAGAGAAUUACCACGGGGAUGGGAAAGUGUGUCUGCCUCAGGACCCAUGCGUCACCAACUUUGGUGGCUGCCCCAGAAACUCCACCUCCUGUCAUUACCACGCACCAGGAAAGGCCACCUGUAUGUGCCUACCAGGUAUGAGAAGCAUUAACAAUGACGCUUCUAAGGGAUGCUAUGGCUCCUGCCAACAUUUAUGUGACAAAUCGGCCACCUGUCAGCUGACCCCUGAUGGAAGGACCAGCUGCGUGUGCAAAGAUGAUGAGGUGGAGGAUGGUCGCGCCUGCUACGGGCACCUGCUCCGCGAGGUUCAGAGGGCCAAGCAGGUUGGCCUGGUGCUCCUGCGGCUGAGAAUGGCCAUUGCAAUGAUGGAGCAGGGCUGCCAGGAGAUUCUUACCACAUCGGGCCCAUUCACCGUUCUGGUGCCAUCCAUGUUCUCCGUCUCUGUCGUCUCCAGUUCCAUCAAUGCGACACUUGCCCAGCAGUUGUGCAAACAAUACAUCAUCGCAGGCGAGCACAUCUUAGAGAGUGUAGGGCCCUCAAAUGUACGUAAGUGGUGGACGCUGGCUGGCCAGGAGAUCACCGUCACUUUCAAAAACUCGAGGUAUACCUUCAAGUAUGAAGACCAGCCCCAGCAGACGUUCAAUAUCAUAAAGGCCAACUACGUAGCAGCUAACGGGGUCUUCCAUACGGUUACUCCCCUACGGUGGCAGCUUCCACCUCCACUUCCAGGGAACCCCAAGAAAACUGUUGGCCAGAUCCUUGCUUCUACAGAGGUUUUCACAAGAUUUGAAACUAUCCUGGAGAACUGUGGGCUGCCAUCUAUCCUGGAUGGGCCUGGGCCCUUCACAGUCUUUGUCCCAAGCAAUGAAGCCGUGGACAGCCUGCGAGAUGGCCGUCUGAUCUACCUUUUCACAGCAGGCCUUUCCAAACUUCAGGAGCUAGUAAGGUACCACAUCUACAACCAUGGCCAGCUGACAGUUGAGAAGCUCAUCUUGAAGGGACGUGUCCUCACCAUGGCCAACCAGGUCCUGGCUGUGAAUAUCUCUGAAGAGGGCCGCAUCCUGCUGGGACCCGAGGGCAUCCCCGUGCAGAGAGUGGAUGUGCCGGCUGCCAACGGUGUGAUCCACAUGCUGGAAGGCAUCCUGCUACCCCCCAGCAUCCUGCCUAUCCUACCCAAGCACUGCGAUGAAGAGCAGCACAAGAUCGUGCAGAGUUCUUGUGUGGAUUGCCAAGCCUUGAACACCAGUAUAUGCCCCCCAAACAGUGUGAAAAUGGAUAUCUUCCCUAAGGAGUGUGUUUAUACCUAUGACCCAACUGGCCUCAAUGUGCUGAAGAAAGGCUGUGCCCACUACUGCAACCAGACCAUCACAAAACGCGGCUGCUGCAAAGGAUUCUUUGGGCCUGACUGUACACAGUGUCCUGGGGGUUUCUCCAACCCCUGCUACGGCAAAGGCAACUGCAGCGAUGGGGUCCAGGGCAAUGGGGCCUGCCUCUGCUUCCCGGACUACAAGGGCAUCGCCUGCCAUAUCUGCUCCAACCCAAACAAGCAUGGAGACCAGUGCCAGGAAGACUGUGGCUGUGUCCAUGGUCUGUGUGACAACCGUCCUGGCAGUGGAGGGGUGUGCCAGCAGGGCACAUGUGCCCCUGGCUUCCGAGGCAGCUUCUGCAAUGAAACCACGAAGGAAUGUGGAUCCACAGAGCUGGCCAAGCACUGCCACCUGCACGCUCACUGCGUCAGUCAGGGCGGUGCUGCCAGGUGUGUCUGCCUUGAUGGAUUUGAAGGUGAUGGCUUCUUCUGCAAACGCAGCAAUCCCUGCACGCGUCCAGACCGUGGUGGUUGCUCUGAGAAUGCUGAAUGUGUCAGUGGAGACCUGGGUACACACCAAUGUGUUUGCAACAAAGGCUGGAGUGGGGAUGGCCGCGUCUGCGUGGCCAUCGACGAAUGUGGGCUGGACACACGAGGUGGCUGCCAUGCUGAUGCUCUCUGCAGUUAUGUGGGGCCCGGACAGAGCCGUUGCACGUGUAAGCUGGGCUACGCUGGAGAUGGCUUCGAGUGUAGCCCCAUUGACCCCUGUCGGAUAGGCAAUGGCGGCUGCCAUGGUCUGGCUACCUGCCAGGCAGUCGGGGGAGGGCAGCGGGUUUGCACAUGCCCUCCUCAUUUUGGUGGUGAUGGCUUCAGUUGCUAUGGAGACAUCUUGCAGGAACUAGAGGCAAAUGCCCACUUCUCUGCCUUCUCUCAAUGGUUCAAGAAUUCAAGUGUCACUCUCCCUGCUGACAGUAAAGUCACAGCCCUGGUGCCUUCUGAAUCUGCCAUCCGAAGGCUGAGCCUUGAGGACCAGGCCUUCUGGCUGCAGCCAAAGAUGCUACCGGAAUUGGUCAGGGCCCAUUUUCUUCAGGGUGCCUUCUUGGAGGAGGAGCUGGCCCGUCUAAGUGGACAACAUGUAGCCACACUGAACCCCACAACACGCUGGCAGAUACAGAACAUCAGUGGGAAAGUCUGGGUGCAGAAUGCCAGUGUGGAUGUACCCGACCUCCUUGCUACCAAUGGCAUCCUACACAUUAUCAGCCAGGUAUGGCAGGAGAAGGGAGUGCGGGGGUACUUCAUGGCCAGCAAUGAUGGACUGACAACCCCUCCUGCUCUCCGUCAGGUCAUGCUGCCUCCGAGAGGUGAUGUGCAGCCUGGACCUGGGUUGCUGCAGCAACUAGAUAGGGUGCCUGCCUUCCACCUCUUCCGGGAGCAGCUAAAGCACCACAAACUGGUAGCCCAAAUUGAGGCUGCCAAAGCCUACACCAUCUUUGUGCCCACAAAUCACUCUCUGGAGACCCAGGGCAACAACAGUAUCCUGGACAUAGACACAGUGCGACAUCAUGUGAUCGUUGGGGAGGCACUGUCUGUGGAGGUCCUGCGGAAAGGGGGGCACCGCAACUCCCUCCUGGGCUCCGCCCACUGGCUGGUCUUCUACAAUCACAGUGGCCAGCCCGAGGUGAACCACGUGCCGCUGGAGGGCCCCUUUCUGGAAGCCCCUGGCAGUGCCCUCUUUGGACUGUCCGGGGUCUUGACAGUGGGCUCCAGCCGUUGCCUGCACAGCCACGCAGAGGCUCUUCGGGAGAAAUGCAUAAACUGUACCCGCAAAUACCGCUGUACUCAAGGCUUCCAGCUGCAGGACACACCUAGGAAGAGCUGCGUCUACAGAUCUGGCUAUUCCUUCUCCCGGGGCUGUUCCUACACAUGUGCCAAGAAGAUCCAGGUGCCUGACUGCUGCCCAGGCUUCUUUGGCAUACUGUGUGAGCCAUGCCCAGGAGGUCUAGGUGGAGUGUGCUCAGGCCACGGGCAGUGCCAAGACAGGUUCUUGGGCAGUGGGGAAUGUCGCUGCCAAGAAGGCUUCCACGGAACAGCUUGUGAGAUGUGUGAGCUGGGCCGCUAUGGCCCUACCUGCUCUGGAGUAUGUGACUGUGACCAUGGGCUGUGUCAGGAGGGGCUACGAGGGAAUGGAAGCUGUGUCUGCAACGUGGGCUGGCAGGGUGUCCGUUGUGACCAGAAAAUCAUUGAUCAUCAGUGUCCCAAGAAGUGUGAUCCCAAUGCCAACUGCAUACAGGACUCUUCUGGAAUCCUUGCCUGUGUCUGUGCUGCAGGAUACUCAGGCAAUGGCAGUUUUUGCUCAGAGGUGGAUCCCUGUGCCUCUGGCCAUGGUGGCUGCUCACCCUAUGCCAACUGUACCAAGGUGGCUCCCGGGCAACGCACAUGUACCUGCCGGGAUGGCUAUAUGGGUGACGGGGAGCUGUGCCAGGAAAUAAACGGCUGUCUCAUCCACAAUGGGGGCUGCCAUGUUCAUGCUGAGUGUAUCCACACAGGCCCCAAACAGGUCUCCUGCAACUGCCGUGAGGGUUACAGCGGUGAUGGCAUUCAGGCUUGCAAGCUUCUGGACCCCUGCUCCCAGAACAAUGGAGGUUGCAGUCCUUACGCUGUGUGCAAAAGCACAGGGGAUGGGCAGAGGACAUGUACCUGCGACAGCACUCAUACUGUGGGAGAUGGCAUCACCUGUCAUGGACGCGUUGGACUGGAGCUCCUACGGAACAAGUAUGCCUCUUUCUUCAGCCUCCACCUCCUGGAAUACAAGGAGCUCAAGGGUGAUGGACCUUUCACCAUCUUUGUGCCACGUGCUGAUCUAAUGAGCAACAUGUCACAGACCGAGCUGGCUAGGAUACGUGUCCAUCGCCAGCUUGUGUUUCGCUACCACAUGGUUGGCUGCAGGCAGCUGGGGAGCCAAGAGCUGCUGAACCAGGGAUAUGCCACUGCACUGUCCGGGCACACGCUGCGUUUCAGUGAGAGAGAGGGCAGCAUUUAUCUGAACGACUUUGCUCGGGUGGUAAGCAGUGACUACGAGGCAGUGAAUGGUGUCUUGCACUUCAUCGACCGUGUCCUGCUGCCACCGGAUGUGCUGCACUGGGAGGCUGAUAGUGUCCCGGUCCCUCGGAGAAAUGUCACCGCCGCUGCCGAAGGCUUCGGUUAUAAGAUCUUCAGCCGCCUGUUGAAGGUGGCUGGCCUCCUGCCCAUGUUUCAAGAUGCAACCCACCGUCCCUUCACUAUGCUGUGGCCCACGGAUUCUGCCCUGCAAGCCCUGCCUCCUGAUCAGAAGAACUGGCUCUACCAUGAGGACCACCGUGACAAACUGGCAGCCAUUUUGCGGGGUCACAUGAUUCGCAACAUUGAGGCCUUGGCAACUGACCUACCCAACCUGGGCCAACUCCGAACCAUGCAUGGAAACACCAUCUCUUUCUCCUGUAGCCGUGCCCGGCCUGGUGAGCUCACGGUAGGUGAAGAUGGCGCCCGCAUCGUGCAACGGCACUUGCUCUUUGAAGGCGGCGUGGCUUAUGGCAUUGACCAGAUGCUGGAGCCACCCGGCCUUGGUGCCCGUUGUGAUCACUUCGAAACCCAGCCACUUCAAAUGAAGACUUGCAGCAUCUGUGGGCUGGAGCCACCCUGUCCUCGGGGCUCACGGGAGCAGGGCAGCCCCGAGACCUGCUGGCGUUACUACUCCAAGUUCUGGACCACUCCACUGUACUCCCUGACAAUGCGGGGCGGUUCCUGGAUACAACCUAGUUUUUGGAGAAACAAUGGUGUAGGUAGGGGCUGCCACCGCAAAUGUGUCACCUCUGUCUGGAAGCCCAGCUGUUGCCCCGGUCACUAUGGCAUUGACUGCCAAGCUUGCCCUGGUGGCCCCAGAACCCCCUGCAGUGACCAUGGUGUAUGCCUGGAUGGCAUGAGUGGAAGUGGGCAGUGUAGCUGCCAUUCGGGUUUUGCCGGGACAGCCUGUGAGCUCUGUGCCCCAGGUGCCUUUGGACCCCAAUGCCAAGCUUGCCGCUGCACCUCACAUGGGCAUUGUGAUGAAGGUCUUGGGGGCUCCGGCUCCUGCUUCUGUGAUGAAGGCUGGACUGGGCCCCACUGUGAAGUACAGCUGGAGUUGCAGCCUGUGUGUACCCCACCCUGUGCAACCCAGGCCGUGUGCCGUGUGGGCAACAGCUGUGAGUGCAGCCUGGGCUAUGAAGGGGAUGGCCGUGUGUGCACAGUGGCAGAUCUGUGCCGGAAGGGGCGUGGCGGCUGCAGUGAGCAUGCCAACUGCAGCCAGGUGGGGACAGUGGUCACCUGUACCUGCCUGCCUGCCUAUGAGGGUGAUGGUUGGAGUUGCCGAGCUCGCAACCCCUGCUUGGAUGGCCACCGUGGAGGCUGCAGCGAACAUGCUGACUGCCUCAACACUGGUCCGAACACACGGCGCUGUGAAUGCCACGUGGGCUAUGUGGGUGACGGACUGCAGUGUCUAGAGGACCUCAAACCGCCUGUGGACCGAUGCGUGGGAGAGUCAUCACCCUGCCACGCAGAUGCAUUGUGCACUGACCUACACUUCCAGGAAAAACGGGCUGGUGUCUUCCACAUCCAGGCCACCAGCGGCCCUUACAGUUUGACCUUCCCGGAGGCUGAGGAAGCAUGCAAGGCCCAGGGAGCAGUCCUUGCUUCGCUCCCCCAACUCUCUGCUGCCCAGCAGCUAGGCUUUCAUGUCUGCUUCAUGGGCUGGCUGGCCAAUGGCUCUGCUGGCCACCCUGUCGUCUUCCCAGCGGCUGACUGUGGGGAUAACCGCGUAGGUGUCAUCAGCCUUGGUGUCCAAAAGAACCUUUCGGAGCGCUGGGAUGCUUACUGUUACCGAGUGCGAGACGUGGCAUGCCAAUGUCCCGCCGGCUACGUGGGUGAUGGGGUCAGCACAUGCAACGGGAAGCUGCUUGACGUUCUGGCUGCCACAGCCAACUUCUCCACCUUCUAUGGGAUGCUGCUGGCCUAUGGUAAUGCCACUCAGCGAGGUCUUGAGUUCCUCGACUUCCUGCUUGAUGAGCUCACCUACAAGACGGUCUUUGUUCCUGUUAAUGAAGGCUUUAUGGACAACCUGACGCUGAGUGGUCCAGACUUAGAACUCCAUGCCUCCAAUGCCACCUUCCUGAGUGGCAAUGCCAGCGGGGGGACAUUGCUUCCUGCCUACUCCGGCCUUAGUCUCUUCAUAACUGAUACAGGUUCUGACAACAUUUCCUCGGUUCCUCUGGCCCCAGGGGCAGUUGUGGUCAACCACAUCGUCGUGUGGGAUAUCAUGGCUUUCAAUGGUGUCAUCCACGCUCUGGCCAGCCCCUUGGUCACGCCUCCCCAGUCUAGGGCAGUGCUGGGACCUGAGCCUCCAGCUGUGGCAUUAAGCAUGGGGAUUGUGCUAACCUGUGGGGCACUGCUGGGGCUGGGAGCUGGAGCCUUCUACCUGCGUGCCCGAGGCAAGGCCACAGGCUUUGGCUUCUCGGCCUUCCAGGCGGAAGAUAAUGCUGACGAUGACUUCUCUCCAUGGCAAGAAGGGACUAGCCCAACCUUGGUUUCUGUCCCCAACCCUGUGUUUGGCAGCCAUGAUGCCUUUUGUGAACCUUUUAAUGACUCCCUCCUGGAGGAGGACUUCCCCGACACCCAGAGGAUCCUUGAGGUCAGAUGA